ACUUCCGGUCAACCGGAAGCGCCGCCCGCAUCAUGGCUGGAGCCUGGGCCGCUCCAGCGCCGGGGCGUUUGGGCAGCGCGUAGCUGGGAGGUCAAGAGUCCAACUACCUUUGAAUCGAUUCACACGCCGGUCCCGGGCUGCAAGUGCGACACGACCGUGCCUGUCCCCGCACACCAAGGGCGCUGACCCGGGAUGGGGACGCGCGCGGCCGGCGUCAUGGGCCGGGGCGCGGGCCCUCCCUCAGCGCGGGACGUCGCGGUCCGGCCACCCGCCUCGGCCGUCGGGACCCGGAGACCGAGCGCGGACUGCGCGGGACGUGACCGCGCCGUUCGGUUUUUCCAGCCCCGGCCGCUGAGGAAGACGCGAGCCUGUCGGAGACAUGAAUUACGCGCGGUUCAUCACGGCGGCGAGCGCGGCCAGGAAGCCUUCUCCCAUCCGAACCAUGAUUGAUGUAUAUGGCAAGGACUUAAAAUCAGUCAUCCACUUGAGUACUGGAUCACCAAAUCCAAACACAUUCCCCUUUAAGACAGCUGCCAUCACCGUGGAAGGUGGAAAGACCAUCGAGUUUGGGGAAGAGAUGAUGAAGAGAGCACUUCAGUAUUCUCAAAGUGCUGGAAUUCCAGAGCUUUUGUCCUGGCUAAAACAGUUACAAGUGAAAUUGCAUAAUCCUCCCACUGUCCACUAUCCACCCAGUCAAGGACAAAUGGACAUAUGUGUCACGACCGGCAGUCAAGAAGGAAUUUAUAAGGUAUUUGAAAUGAUCAUUAACCCUGGAGAUAAUGUCCUCGUAAAUGAACCUAUUUAUUCAGGAACACUGCAAGUUCUGGAGCCACUGGGCUGCAACAUCAUUAAUGUGGCCAGUGACGAACAUGGGAUUAUUCCAGACUCUCUCAGAGAAAUACUAUCCAAGUGGAAGCCAGAAGAUUCAAGGAACCCCAAGAAAAACACUCCCAAAUUUCUUUAUACUGUCCCAAAUGGCAACAACCCCUCUGGAACUUCAUUAACAAGUGACCGAAAAAAGGAAAUCUAUGAGCUUGCAAGAAGAUAUGAUUUCCUCAUAAUAGAAGAUGAUCCGUACUAUUUUGUCCAGUUUGGCGAGCCCUGGGCACCAACCUUCCUUUCCAUGGAUGUUGAUGGGCGUGUCAUCAGAGCUGACUCUUUCUCAAAGGUCCUUUCUGCGGGGUUGAGAAUAGGGUUUCUAACUGGUCCAAAAACCUUGAUAGAGAGAGUUGUUCUUCACACACAAGCAUCAACACUGCACCCCAGCACUUUUAACCAGCUCAUGAUAUCACAGCUUCUACACCAGUGGGGAGAAGAGGGCUUCCUGGCUCACGUGCACAGGGUUAUAGAUUUCUACAGGGAGCAGAGAGAUGCAAUAUUGGCAGCUGCGGACAAGUGGUUAAGUGAUUUGGCAGAAUGGCACAUUCCUACUGCUGGAAUGUUUUUAUGGAUUAAAAUUAAAGGCAUUUCUGAUGUUAAACAACUGAUUGAAGAGAAAGCCAUUAAAAAAGAGGUGUUGAUGCUUCCGGGAAAUGGCUUCUACGUCGAUAGCUCAGCUCCUAGACCUUACGUGAGAGUGUCCUACUCUUUAGCAUCUCCAGAGCAGAUGGACGUGGGAUUCAGGAUAUUAGCCCAACUUAUAGAAGAAUCUUUAUGAAGAAAUCAAAUUAAUCACACUGCUCAUGGAUUUUUCUGAUAAAGUUAUUUCCAUAUUUUAGCAGGAAGAAAUGUUCAUUGGUAUUGGACUUACAAAUUGGAUUUCCUCAACUAUGUCCUAUCUACAGUGGUUCAACUAAGGAACUUUUAAAGUGCCUUUAAAUCCACCAGAUUGCCACAAUAUAUUUAUAAUCCACUUAUGCAUUUUGAUAAAUUGCCAAUCUGCAAAAAUUAUUUUUAUGUAUUGUAAAGAAUUCUGUAGUUGCUUUAUAAUUUCCCCUAAAUUUUGUUUGAAACUAAUAUUUUACACCAAAUUAUUUUGAAAAUUUAAGGAAAUAAUUAAGUUCAAAAUGGUUUUUCUAUUUUAGGAAAAUUUAAUAAAAGCAUGUUGCAAAAUUUGUUAACAAUUUGACCAUUAUAAAUGAUUUUUAGUAAGAAUACCAGAAGUAUUAUGUUAUGCCACAGAAAUCCCUUUAAAAUAAAAUUUGAAACUAAACAUACCUAAAAGGAUCAGACCUGUUAAUUCUAAGUAAGGAGGGGAGAUCAUGGACUUAAAAUUUACUAUACUGUAUUUACAUAAUACGGCAUAAUUUAUUAAAGCAAAUUCUUAAUUAUGUCAAUUAAAUCUGAUACAACUCUUUGAAGUAUUAGGAUAUGCUUUUUAUUACUUUUCUUUCUCACCUUUUAAAAUCCUUUUUAUUUCCUUCUGAUUAUUAAAGUAAUAUAUGUUCAUUUUAGAAUUUUCAAACAAUCCAGAAAAUAUAAGGAAUAAAGUAAAAGCCACUCACUAUCUUGCCCCCCAGUGAGAACUGCUGUCAGCAUUUAUCUCUGCUCCUUUGUAAUGAUUUGCUGUGCAUACACAUGUAGUACCUAACAGAAUGGGAUCUCACUCUGAUUGUGUCAUACACACCCUAUAUUCGUUUUCUGUCAGUACCUAACAAAUUACCACAGUGUUCCAAGAUUUAGUAAUUAUAAAGUUAUAAGUUCCUUUGAGGAAUUAGGAAGUUUAUGUCAUUGUUAUUUAUGCCAUCCCUUGUUUAUAUAAACAUCUCCAUCAUAGUUUUAUUAUUUUCUUGCACAGCUGGAUGAGAUGUUACAUCUUCCAACAGCUAAAGUUCUUGAGCAACAAUGUCAGCCUCAGGGUCAAAACAGCUGGCUCCAGGCACAAAUCCCUAUUUCUAAGGCAGCUGGUGGCAAUUAUUUAGGAGAGAUGGAAGAGAUGCAGGCUUGGGGGGGGCAAGCUGAGGAAUCUGACGUUUCUGUAAACAGAAGAGGGAAGUGUAAAUUAAAGAGGCUU